AUGUUAGUGUUAAUGAUUCCAUUUCUGGGGAUUCAGCAGGAGGACUUGCCUGCCCAAGAUGUUGAUAACUGGAAGGAUGCCAAUUCUGCUCUGCUCAGUAAUUAUGAGGUGUUCCAGUUACUGACUGAUCUGAAAGAGCAACGGAAAGAAAGUGGAAAGAACAAACACAAUUCUGGGCAACAGAACUUGAAUACUAUCACCUAUGAAACAUUAAAAUAUAUAUCAAAAACACCAUGCAGGCACCAGAGUCCUGAGAUUGUCAGAGAGUUUCUCACAGCAAUGAAAAGCCACAAGUUGACCAAAGCUGAAAAGCUUCAGCUGCUGAACCACAGGCCUAUGACUGCUGUUGAGAUCCAGCUGAUAGUAGAAGAGAGUGAAGAACGGCUCACGGAGGAGCAGAUCGAAGCCCUCCUCCACACCGUCACAAGCAUUCUGCCUGCAGGGCCAGAGGCUGAACAGAAAAAAAAUACGGAUGACGUGACAAUGGAUGAAGAGGACCCAGCAUAGAGGAGCACAGCUGGCCCAACCACCUCAUGAAGCUGAAAGGCCCAGCAGCCAUUUCCCAGACAUUCAGAGGAUUGUUCAUUUGGUUGUACCCUCUAUCCCAGCAGGCCUGAUUUCAUGGUUAGUUGGAUAAAUCACAAAAAUAAGCUAAAAAGAAGUACUUGUGCCUCUGGGAGAUGAAACAUGGUGAAGACAGGCUGAGGUUGUCAGGGCAGAGAGCUAAAGAGAGGAGGACAGAGCCAAAGAGGACAAUGACUGUGGAACCCUCUGUGGUCAAAAUAUUUCUUCUGUGGCCUUUGCCACAGUUGUGGGAAGGCCCCCAUACACAGCUGGUAAAGUACUUGUGUUGCCUUUGAUGGGCUGUGUCCUAAUUAGUUUCAUCUGCUUCCCUAGGAGCUUCCCAAGCAGGGGCUCUGAGCACUGUUGGGAUGAGAGCAGAGUUAAGAGAAUCCCGUUAGAUGACUAGAAACUCCCAGAGCAGCAGAUAGUUGCUUUAGGUUAAAAUGAGCCACUGAAUUUGGUUUACCUCAGAGGAAUCUUUUCCUCGAGAACUUUGGAGAUAAGAGAACAGCCUGGCCAACCCUUGAUCGGGUCUGAAGGCUUGUUUCCUUUGCUGGCAGGGGUGGUGUUUACCAGCUCACACUAUUCAGUCUUAAAUGUUAGGGUACCGACUGGCCCAUUCCAGUUGAAAAGCAGCACUCCAGACUGAAUGACAGCUCAGCAGAAGAACAGCAUUGGCCGCCUUUCUAAUGACCUUCGGUUUCCUGCCCUGAGACAGGAGCCCUGAGUAGACACCUUUGUGUCAAGUCCGGGUGAACUUCAUUUGCAUGAUGGGCAAAUUGUCUGCAUCUUUUGAAAGGGGUCAGUUAUAUAGUUCUUCAUGGAUAAAAUACGGAGAAACCGGAGGUUGGUUCCUAAGAAUUUGAAUUUGUUAGCUGUUGCAAGGGUGUAUCAGUUUUUUAAUUUAAAAUAUUAGGAUAAUUACCAUGUGAAGAACUUAUUGAUACUGAGGCUUUGGAGAGUUCAGUAGCUCCAGAUGUGUGGUUGCCCUAAUCCUAGGAAUGUUGCUGAAAAUUAAUUUUCCACAUUCGCUCUGCUCCUGACUUGGGGAAGAAAAUGCCCACAGACACUAAUUUUCCAAAUUGGUACUCAUUUUGUUGUGAGAUUACAUAUUUUCAGUGCUGCUGUUAACUGGAUGACUUCCCACCCCCUUGCAAUUUCCAGGUUAUUUCAACCUCCCUACCACCCCUGCCAGUUGCACUCAUGUCUUUCUUAACCUUAUCAUCUGAGGAUCACCUGAGAUGUGUUUACAGGCAAAACUGGAAUUCACAGGGCAUUUAUAUUGAAGUCUCUU